AGACCAAAGCAAAAAAACAAAGCAUUUUGAUUUGUUCGUUUGCUGAAAUUCAAUAUCGCGACACAUACCGUAAUACCACAAACGAGAAAAAGAUACCAGCGUAAGCAUGUCGGAGAACGCCGAAGAGAACGAUGCGAAUCAAUCGAAAUUCUAUCGAGUGGUUUCUACCGAAGCCAUCACAGACUCAAACGAGCUGUUCGACGCACUAUCGAAUUUCCUAAUGAAAGACAAGAAGCGCCAGCUUUCGGCGGGGUACCUGGACGAAAAAGACCAAAUAGCCUCUCGCUUGACCUGGGUAAGUUUUUUGUUGCUAAAGGACUGGCAGUUCUUUUUUGCGUUCGAUGGGAUGUUUCUGGUCGAAAUAAUUCUAACACACUUUUCAUAACAAAACGAAACGAUUUGAACGAAACAACGCCUGGCAAAAAAUCCUUCUUGCACACGACAAAACAACAGAACAAUCUGAGAAAGGUAGCAAAUUCUGUUCUGGACGAGGAUUGCCCGCAGCGUGAACCCAUUCCUGCAUGGAUAGAGCAAAAAGAAGCUAUUGUUCUGGACGACGCGGAGAAGGAGCCUCCGAGCGAAUACCUCGGCGGCGAUACGGCUUUGAGCACCAAACAAGAACAACCGGAAUCGACGACGAGGACCGUCACCAAGAUCGAACCCUGCACCGAAUUCAAGGCACACGAAAAUACACUUACACCAAAACAAGAGGCAAAGAAGGCUAAGAAAGAGGCCAAGGAAGCAAAGAAAGAGGCAAAAUCGGCCCGGAAACGAGAACGAGCCGAAAAACGAGAGGCCAAGAAGGCGAAGAAAGAGGCCAAGAAGGUCAAGAAGGAAAAAAAGAGAAAAAGCAUUGAGUCUGGGGAUGAGUAGAAGAGAUAAUUACAAGCACUGUUAUAAGGCACGACA